AUGCGUCAACUCUAUAAGGUUCCACACGAUGAGGACGACGCUGCUAUGGUCGAGCUCCUGGACCUUGCGCACGAGUUCCUCCAGCACUUCUGUCACGGGAACACACAGAACCAGGCCAUACUACACAAACACCUGGAUCUGUUCCUCAACGCUGGAGUGAAAGAGGCGUACGUGGGCUUCCUGAACCACUGCUACAUCGACAAGGAGGUGGAGAUGAAGGAGAUCUACUCCAGCAACUACAUGUGGGACCUGUUCGAGCUGUCCUUCCUGCAGGACAUGCUGGCCAUACUGCAGCCGCACGCCGCCCUGCCCGCGCCCGGUCCGUCGUCGUCGCCGGUCCGCCCGUCGGCCAGCUCCAAGCAGGCGUGGGUGAACUACGUGACGGACGUCCUCAUGCACACUAUGUGCACGUUCUUCAACUCUCCCUUCAGCGGCCAGAGCACCACAGCACAGCCGAUCCCGCUCAAACUAGAGGCUAAGAUACAGACGGUGUUCGAGAAGGCCGCGGCCCUGUCGCGACAGACGAGCAAGCGGCUGCUGGCUUCAAAGAGUUCCAAGCUGGAGAAAAUGGCGUCUCAGUCUUACCUGCAGAAUGACCGAUCUGUGAUGGAAGGUCUACAAGAAAUAGUCGCGCUCCUGGAAGAACAGUUACGUCCUUUAUUACAAGCUGAGCAAUCCCUCCUAGUGGACAUACUGUACAAGCCUCACAGACUGUUCACGAGCCCGGGAGAACUCACGCAUCCGGACACUAGCGGGAUAUUCAUAUCCAGGUAUAUGACCCGUCCAUGCCACGAAAACCAAAACUACAUAGCUACCCACGAAAGCAACGGUCUGGACAUUAUAACGGCUUUGAUACUGAACGACGCCGAGAGGAUCCUCUACAACAUGAACCCCAAACAGCUGGUGGGGCACUUACCUUACUUGGUUACAGCGAGACCAACUUAG